UCCGGUUCCGGCCUCUUACUGUUGUAGGUCGGAAUCCUCCUCCUGCAGGAGAAGCUGGCGUGCAGAUGCACGGGUCCGGGGAACACACGCUGGUGAUGGCCACUCGGGCAGCUACUGCGGACAGUCCGCCAGGGGACAGCGGUUCCCUGGACCUGCCCUCGGCCAGUGACAUCUGGGACUAUGAGCUGCGGAGAGCCAGUGCUGGGCUGGCUGGUGACAGCCUGAGCUGUUCGGAGCCCCGAGCUGUUGCUUGCUCCUGGGAUGCAGAGCCAGACAGCAGCAGCCUGAAUACUGAUCAGAAAGACUCCUGGACCUGUGAGGACCUCUGGCUUGACCCUUCUGCCAAAGGCCAGUUGAAGACCAAGGAAGAGGACAGUGGACUUCGAGAAUCCCUGGACAGAUUCUAUGAAGCGUUUGGCCGUCCCCAGCCGGUCUCUGAGGACCCGCUCUCAGCAUCUGUCCGCCAGUGCCUGUCUGAGAAAAUCACUGAACUAAGAGGCCAGGGGAGCCGGAAGUACGCCCUGCGCAGCUUCCAGAUGGCCCGGGUCAUCUUCAGCCGUGAUGGUUGCUCAGUCUUGCAGAGGCAUUGCAGAGACUCCCAUUUCUACCCACUGCACGAAGGAAGCGCAUCUCUGGAUGACGAAAAGCAGACCCCAGGACUUUCAACAGAUAUCGUCCGUUUCCUCUUGCAGCAGAACCUGAUGAAAGACCCCUAACUGGGGCUGGGGGCAGACACAGGCAGUCCUGGAGGUGAGACACUGCAGCCAGUGCUCUUGGUGGCCCCCUGAGGUUGCUGCUAGCCCUGUGGCCCAGCACCAGCUAAGUGUUCUGCAGUGAAAGAUUGGCACCUUACACCUGACCCCGAGCCACUUAACCCAUGUGGAGAGCUCUGGGGCCACCCUGCCUCCCGGCCCCCUCUCGGCUGGCAUGGGAAUUUCCAGGACAUUACACCCUUGCUGGGCUCCAGGCCUUCCUCACCUCCUCUGCCCCUACCUUGCUGGUGGGAACCUCUCCUCAAUAAACCUCUCCUGUCUCAACCCUGGACUCAGAGCUUACCCUGGAGAACAUAACACAAGGAAACAGGAUUCAGCGAAGUGAGGUCUGUGAAUGAUACAAGGCUCUUUACUGAAUCAUGGAUAACAGUUAUACCAAGCUGUACAAUAGAGAUCAUGUGAUUAAGAACAUACGUGCUAAAGUAAUAUAAAGAUUUAAAUACGGACCCAAAAAGUACCUUACUCCUUAAUCAUACCCUUUUCCCUCUCCAAAGCCACAUUCCUCGUUUCAUAAUCUUAACUGAGUGUGGGAGGAAUAUUUGGAACGUCAGACAGCUAAAAUUCACAGGUUAAAAACACAAAGGUUUCUUCAUCACCGUCAGAUGGUAGUGUGAAAGGUGAGGGGAAGAAGUGUGUGCCACCCGCUUGGCCAGGUGUGGGCACAGUGAUGACCUCCAGGUCAAUGACUUUUGCCCAGCCGGGUCCUGCCUUCUUUUGUCACUUUGUCUUCUGCCUGCCUGCUGUCUGCACCCCUCAUUUUCUCAGCAGGGAGCCCUCAACCCUGCCCCAUCGUUGCCCUGCACCUUGAGCUCCAGAGCAGACCUGUGCCCAGAACAGGCGUGUAGCCCCUGUGCUGCCCACCAGGCAUGUGCUCUGAGUGGCCUGCAGGUUGGCACCAGCAGGGGCUUGCCCCACAGUCAUGUCUUGAACCCUGGUCUGAGACUCUUGAUAGAAUUUCAUCAGAAGCCAUUUGGAGCAGCAACAUUGUAAUUAGAUUUUGAGAAGCUGGAGGUGAAGUUUAACUGACACGGGGGCCAUAAUUUGCACUUACAUAUUUGAGUUUCACAGCAACUUUGUUUUGAGGGGUGGUGGUACCAGGGUUUGAACCCAGGACCUUGUAUAUGCAAAGCAUGUGCCCUGGGACAUGGGGUCAGAGAAACUGCCCUUCCAGCUGAAGGGCAGAGACAGAAGUGGAAGGAGGCCUGUGGGCAGGGAAUUGGAGAUGAAGAGGCCUUCAAGGGGCCCUGAAGAAGCAAGAGUCCUGGUUCUCUGACAAGCAAUUGCUUGCCUCCUAUCAUUGGGCCCAGAGUAACCCUAAGACUUAUGGUUAAAAUUCAGCGAUGCUGGGUUGAACUCACUUUGUAGCCCAGGCUGCUCUUGAACUCACAACGAACCGCCUGCCUCAGCCUCCCAAAUCCUGGGAUCCCGAGGUCUGGGACUACAGGUAUGCGCCACCAUGCCCAGCUAGAAAUUUAUUUUUAGAGAGUAAAACAUAACCAUUUGGUUGUCCAUGUUGGAGAGCAGCAGCAUCUGCUUCACAGGGAGAUUUUCAUAUCAGAAAACAUGCCCUUCAUUAACACGAGUGCUCAGGGUAUUCAAGAAAAGGAAGACUGAAAACUGAGAAGCAAAAAGCCUAAAAGCCAGAAUCGCCUCAGGGUGGCAGGGUGUGGAGUGUGUUCUUCGAGUCUGAGUAAGUGUUUGUGACAGCCCGGUACAAGAUAUUUGAUUCUCUGCAGCCACACUCCUUAAUUUGAUCUCCACGAGGUGAGGGUAACAUUUUCCACUGAUCUCUGGAGACCUUUAAUAAAGACUAAAAGAUAAGGCUCCAGGGGCCCUGGCCUUUGGCAUUAUUGUCUAAUUCGGCCCUACGAAGACUGUGCUGACAUCUUUUCAUCCCGUGGACACUGUGCCUGGCCUGUGAUCUCAUCGUGCUCCUUUUCAGACCCAUGGGGGCCUUGGUGAAGACAGAUCUGUUUGCAGAAGCACCAGAACUCUAAACAGAACCAGUACCUGUGCAUUACGUUAGAGCAGUGCCAUCCAUUUCAUCAGCGCAUUGCUGGGUGAUCAGUGCGCUGGGAGUCAGACCUGGCAGUGGGGGGAGGGGGGCUGCUCCUGCUAAGCAGGUGUUUUCCAAGGCCCCCCAACUCUGCCUCUUUCUCUGACCUGUUCAAGGGCACAGAACACAUCUUAUUAUCUGCAAUUGGCACAAAACAAUAUAGCAAGACUUGCAGGAAUUUUAAAGAUUUUAAAACAUUCUAUUGGAGUAUAAUUAUGCACAAUAGUGCAUAUAGCAUAUAAUUUCAUACACCUCGUGCAUACAACUAGGUUUUUACCAGAGUGACAGGGACAACCAGCCAGCUGCCGUGGCCCCAGCUAAGUGGUAGUGGCAGUCUGGCCAGUGUUUCUCCAGUUGCUAGGAGCCCACGGUCAUGUUAGGUGCUACACGGACAAAGUUUAAUUGCUGAUCUGUUCAGCUUUGUGUAUGCAUACUCUUGUCAAAUCCCUGAGACUAACUGGUAUCUAUCUUUACCUCUCCUUGUCCUGUAGUCACAAUGCAGAUUGUUUUAAAAAGCAAGACAUGUAUAAUUAGCCAGAAAACGAAAGAGAAGACUAAUCCUAUCAAAUAUGAAAAUACCUUAACUCUGUGAUGAUAGAAACAGAAAUAGACCAAUAAACACAUCAAAGGAAAAGAGGGUAUAACGGAUGCAUGGCAGUGCAGAUGGGAACUGGGCACUGUGAUGAUGAAAGCAGCUCUUCAAAUCCUAAUGAAGAGGGAGGGUUGUUCGCAAAUGAUCUUAGUGUGUCUGGCGCCUAGUUCCGGAGAGGGAGAGUAAGCAGGCUGGGUUCUCCAUCUCAUGUCUUGUAUCAAAGUGAGUUCUAGAUAGAUUAAAACUUUCAAAGUUAAAAUCAUAAAGCCACAACGCUAAAACAUGAUAAAUAUGUGUGUAUAUAUAUAUAUAUAUAUAUAUAUAUAUAUAUAUGAUUUAUAUACACAUAUGUGAGUCAGGUUGAUCAAUUUCAAUCAAUCUUGGAAUAAGGAAAAUCUAAGAAUAGUUAAAAAACUGAAAAUUUGAUGAAAUUGACAACCUUAAACAUAAGACUUCUGCAGUCAGGGCUGGAGGUUUAGCUCAGAGGCAUAAGUGCCUGCCUUGCAAGCAGGCAGUCGUGAGUUCGAUCCCUGGUACCGAUAAAAAGGAAAAAGACAAAAAAAAAAAAAAAAGACUUCUGUAGUCAAAAUAUAUUUUAUGUAUUUGUGUUCAUAACAAGGUCAAAAUUAGGAUAAAUGCUUAGAGCGCAUAUGACAGAGACUCCUUCUUCAAUAAACAGAAUUCAUACAAAUCAUUAGGAAAAUAACCAAAGAGAAAGAUUGGCAAAGGCCAUGAACAGCUGGUUGGGAAAACCCCAUACAGAUGCUUCCCAGUUUCUGGUGGGCUCCCGGGCUGAUAAACCCAUUGUAAUCGAAGAUAUCCUAAGUCCAGAAUGUAAGUAUCACACUCACGCUGUCUGGCACCGCAGCUCAGAAGCACAGUGCGCUGCAGGGCAGUGCCUGUGACCCAUAGGGAUACAUGGCGGGCUGGGCUGUGGCACCCCACUGCUACCCACAUUUCAGACAGUUUGGUCCAUUGCCGGCCUAGGAAAAGAUAGAAAUUCAAAUUUUGAAGUUCUGCUUAUAUGAAUCUAUAUCACUGCUUUACAUCAUGAAGUUUUAAAAUUGUGAGUUAUCAUAAGCUGGGGACUGUCCUGAUAGUCAGAAGGCAGACAGACUUAAAUGUGGCUGAUAAGUGUGAAAUCAUGCCCAAUUAUAAUUAAAUGUAAAGAAUUGCAAUGUUUUGUUAAAAAGAAAAAUGAAUAAAAAUGGUACGUAAAUACAUAAA